AUGGCCGACGUUGCAACUCCCCCCGCCGCCCAGAAGGCCACCGCCAAUGGCUCUGCCCCGCAAGGCAAGCAGCAGAUCGUCAAGCCGGACAAGCCUGACGAGGAGAAGUACAAGGAGGAACUUGCCAAACUUGAGAAGGAGCACGCUGUGGCUCAGGAGAAGCUGAACGCCUGCAAGGCUAAGCUCGACAAUGCAAAGCCGAACAACAAGGACUCGCCCAAUGCCAAACGUCAGCAGGAGCUCAAGACCGAGCUCAACGCUAUCCGCCAGACACAGCAAGGGAACAAGUCUGGCCGCAAUGCCAUUUUCGAGAAGAUCAAGAAGCUCGACGACCAGCUUAAGCAGCAGUUGGCCGAACUCAAGACUGCAAAGGGAAAGUCGAACUACAAGUCUGUCGAGGAGGUUGACCAGGAAAUCGCACGUCUGCAGAAGCAAGUCGACGGUGGCAUGAUGAAGCUGGUUGAUGAGAAGAAGGCCCUCGCCGAGAUCAGCGCCCUUAACAAGGCCCGCAAGAACUUUUCUGGCUUCGACGCUCAGCAGAAGAAGAUUGACGACAUCAAGGCCCAGAUCGCUGAGCAGAAGAAGCUCCUGGACGACCCCGAGAACAAGGCCCUGAGCGACAAGUACACCAAGCUCCAGACUGAGCUGGAUGCUCUCAAGGCCGAGCAAGACGAGGCCUUCAAGAACCUGCGAACGCUUCGUGAGCAGACGGACAAGGCGCGCGCUGAGCAGCAAGAGAAGUACCAGGCACGAAAGGAUCUCAAGGAUGCAUACUUCCAGCAGCUGCGCGCAUACAAGACGUACGAGUCCGAGGCUCGCAAGAUUCGCUUUGAGAAGAGGCGUCAAGAGCAACUCCAGUAUGUUGCAAGCAAGCGCAAGGAGGCUGCCAGCAAGCGUCUCGAAGAGGCCAGCACACCUGCUUACGGUGACGAGAUCAUUGCUGCCGAAGGCUUGAUCCGUCACUUUGACCCAUCCGCUCUCCCACCCAAGGAGACCACUGCGGCAAGCAAGUUUGCUGCUUCCGCUCAACGCACUGUCGACGAGUCUGGCUUGAAGGGCACUCGCAUCUCGAAGAAGGAUACCGAAGAAGAGAGCUACUUUGUCGGCACUGGCGGAAAGAAGGGCAAAAAGGGCAAGAAGGGCGGCGCCAGCUCUGCUCCCGCCAAGUUCAACCUCAACAUUGGCAUCAUUGAGGAAUUGGCCAAGGUUGGCGUUGAGGCUCCCUCGAGCCAAGAAGAUGUUCCUGCCACUGUCGAGAAGCUCAAGGCCAAGCUCGCGCACUGGAAAGAAGACCAAGACCGCAAGACCAAAGAGAACAUUGCCAAGGCACAAAAGGAAAUUGAGCGUCUUGAAGCAGAAGAGGCAGAGGAAGAGGCUAGCGGUAGCACUGACGCUGCCCGCAAACCUGCCCAGAAGAAUCAGGCGGUUAACGGUAAUGCAUCUGCAGAGGCUGAACUGGCUCAAGAGAAGGAUGCCGCCGCCGAUGCUGCCGAAGACCUCAAGAAGGCGUCGCUCGAGGACAAGGAUGCCGCCGCUGACCCAUAGAGCACACAAAGUGCCGCCUGUCAUGAGGGAUCUAGACCCUCCAAAAAAAGGGUGACAUAUCCGAGACAUCUGUAUAGUCUGGGAUCUAGCCCGAUUCUUUCUUUUUAGCUUGUGGUCGGGACAUUCUCCGCUGUUGUUUAUGGGAUACCAGCAUGGCAUUGGACGGGGUCACGGCGUGGGGUACGGUACUUUCCUUCUAGACGCACGGCAGAUCUAGAUGGUCAAUACCAUUAUCUGAUAUUCUCAAGCUCA